AUGACUGCAAUAUCAGCUUUAGUAUUAAAUAAAGUUGAUGAAUCUGCACGUGGUCCAACCGACUAUUCACAUUGGGUGAUUCCUAAACUUUUAUUGGCAAGUGCAUAUCCAGGUGAAAGAGAUCCUAAUGCUCACAAACUCUUAGUACGUAAUAUUAUUAAUGCUGGUGUUCAAGUUGUGGUUAAUAUUAUGGAAAUUGAAGAAUGCAAAACAUUUACACCAUACAAAGACCUUAUGUUAGAACUUGCUAAAGAAGCAAAUCGUGAAAUUGAAUUUAUUUCAUUUCCAAUUCGAGACCAAUCUGUACAUCAAGACAAUCAACGUGUUCUUGAUUUUUGUCUUGAACUUUGUGAUAGAAUUAAACGAGGACAAGUUGUACUUGUUCAUUGUUGGGGUGGACAUGGUCGAACAGGAACAAUUAUUUCAAUUAUAAUUGGAAUUUUAUUUAAUUUAAAUAGUGAAGAAGCUAUAUCAAUGAAUCGUCGUUUGCAUGAUCAACGUAUACGUACAAAUGGAAUUCCAAGUCCAGAGACAAAAUCUCAACUGGAUCAAAUUCGUAUUGUUCUCGAUAUGUACCAGAGGAGCAAGGAAAAAAUUGAUCAUGCAACUAAAACAUGA